GACUCACCCUGUGCCUCCACACGGAUCCACCAUGUUCCUGAAUAUUUGUCUUUUCUCAGUCCUGGCGUCUGCCCAGGGUUUUGAGCUGACUGUGCUGCACACAAACGACGUGCACUCGCGGAUCGAGGAGGUUGACACUACGGGCGGGAGUUGCUCUGCUGCCGAAGCCACGGCCGGAGAGUGUUACGGUGGCAUGGCGAGGAUGGCCGCCAAGGUUAGGGAAAUACGUCAUUACGAUGACAACGCGCUGCUGCUUGACGGAGGGGACCAGUUCCAAGGAACGCCGUGGUUUACGGAGUUUCACGGCCUCGCCUCCUCGCGGUUCAUGAACAAACUGCAGUACAACGCCAUGUCGGCAGGAAACCACGACUUUGACAACGGAGUUGCGGGUAUUGUUCUCUUUCUACUGAACGUGACGUUUCCUGUGUUGGCCUGUAACAUCGACGCCUCCAGAGAGCCGACAAUGCAGGGUCUCAUCCUGCCUUCUGUUGUCCUGGACAUAGGAGAGGAGAAGGUCGGGAUAGUCGGAUACAUCACCAAAAACACACCAGUUUUUUCUCCAACAGGCAACCUGGUUUUCCUGGACGAGGUGGAAUCGGUGCAAGCGGAAGUGACGAAGCUUCUAGGUCAAGGGGUCAACAAAAUCAUAGCCCUGGGGCAUGCUGGGUACUCUAAGGACCAGGAUGUGGCGCGGAGGGUGUCGGGAGUGGACGCUGUUGUGGGAGGCCACACCAACACUUUUCUGUACACCGGUGCACCUCCAUCGUCAGAGAUCCCUCUAGGCCCCUACCCACUGAUUGUACACUCCGAGGUGGACCCCGGUCGGCAGGUGCCGGUAGUACAGGCCUACGCCUACGGUAAAUACCUCGGGUACCUCCGCCUGACGUUUGACGGCAGAGGGGACCUGGUGAGGUGGAGCGGCAACCCUAUUCUUCUCGACAACUCCGUGCCUAAGGAUCCCGAAGUGCUGGAGAUGGUGACAGAUCUUAAGAAAAGAUUAAACCAUACCAAGGAGGUGAUCGGCAGAACCAACGUUUUCCUCCAAGGAGUUUACGAAACCUGCACGGUGAUGGAGUGUAACAUGGGGAAUCUGAUCACGGACGCCAUGGUGCACCAAAACAUCAAGUAUCCAGACGAGAUGAACUGGAACGACGUGGCCAUUGCAGUAUACAACAGCGACAGCAUAAGGGCAUCAAUGCGGAUAGGUGUGAUUGAUAUAGAAUCGGUACUGUUUACCCUACCCUUUGGAAACACGUUUGACAUCGUGGAACUGAGGGGUGAACACCUGCACGAAGCGUUCGAACACUCCGGGUCGAGGUGGUCUUCGGGGGAGUUCUUGCAAGUUUCAGGAAUAUUGGUUAAAUACGACCUGACCAAACCCCGGGGCAGCAGGGUGGUAUCUCUGGAGGCCCGGUGUACCCGCUGUGAUGUUCCCGAGUUUACACCCGUACAGACAGACGCUGUCUACAAGCUGAUUCUACCUUCCCACCUUGCGAACGGUGAAAGAGGCUACAGCAUGAUAGCGGACAACAAACUCAGCCAUCACAUACCAGAACUACUCGACUCAGACAUGUUGAUUGGUUACAUCAGGGCCAUGUCGCCCAUCACUACUGGGCUGGACCGCCGCAUUACCUUCGCCGAUGAAGCGCCACCUUGCGCUUCGGGUGGAACAACAUCUGUUCUCAACAUGGGUUUCGUCAUGGUUGUUGUUUUCCUUGAAGUGGCUUUUUCUGAUUUUUGAAUAUGUUUUCUCUCUAAAGCAGACUAUACGGCCGCGGCGGUGGCAAGGCAGUACCCAUCGUAACUCCUCUGGCCAAUGAGUACUGCCUUGCCACCGUAUAAUCUGCUUGGGCAUUAAUCUUUACUUCGUAUCCAAAUUAGUCAUUAAAAUCACAGUACAAGUCGUAUAGGUAGUCAAAUUCUGAGGUGUUAGGCUUCUUUGACAGUCAGAAAAGUCAGAUCAGAUUAAAAAUAGCCAGACAAUUAUCCAUAAUUCGUAAUUCAUAAACGUAAAAAAAAGUAAAUAAAUGAACAAUACAAAGUGACGACGGACUCACCGCCACUUGUACAACACUAGAAAGAAGUAACAAGACCAAAAAUAAUUGAAAAUGCUUAAAGUGUAAAGUAGUUGAAAUUAGACGAAUAAAUGGGUUAUCGUUUAAAUGCUACCUAAACUACCCUUGUUACUGUUUAAAGUUAAAACUUUUGGUCCAACACAAAAAAAUUCUCU